UAAUUUAGGGCUCUUCGUGUAAAUUCUAUAACUUUGCAAAGAAAGGUCAUGUAGAGUUGGGAGAGGUCUCAUUUUAAUCAGAAAUGUGCGGGCUACAAUCAUGCCUCAUUAAGAACGGUUCGGGUUAGUUUUUGGGGUUUCUGGAAAACUCGUUUUCUAGAAAACCAGGUCUUCGAAGGGCUAUGCGGAAGCCGCAUGGUCGAUAAUCUAUAACCCACUAGAUUCCGAGCAAAAAGCGUUUAAUCACUUCGUGGGGUUCCCUCGUUAGAAUAUUUAUUUUUUUUUUAGUUUUACUCCAGUUUUUUAAAGCAUAAAAAUUUACUUCGAAAUUGACUUCCCUCCCUUUGCCUCCGAGGUAUCGGGACGCCCCAGGUUAUAAAAUAAGUACAAUGAUAGAAAAUAAAAGGAACGAAACAAGUGAUAUUAUCUGACUGAUAUCUGUGUGUCAGUUUGUGGGUGAUUUUAUUACUACCAGUAAGCGCUUCUAAUAGACUACGUCCUCUACUUUUUUCACUUUUACAGAUUUAACUGAUCCACUCCCUUGUUUUUUAAAACUCCAAUACCAGAAGCUUUUCUCCUGUUGACGUAGUUUCCUACAUCUAUUUUCAUUGCUCUCAUUUUAUUUUCUCUUCUUCCUUCUCGAAGUCCAAUAUUUUUCUUUUCUUUUUGUUCAUUUUUAUUUCGUAUGAUGUUCUUUUUUAUUCUGUUAAAAGAUUUCUCUCAGGAAAUACAACGUAGUCCUUAGGACAACGAUUUCACUUGUUUGGUCUUCCUUUCUUGUUUCUUUUGAUUUCUUUAAAUAAAAAGCUUAAACUAAAAAAAAUAAACUAAACGAAACAAGUAUGGGACGAAACGAGAGGAUACCCUUCUCUCAUUGGUUCAUCUAUUCUCAGCACUUUCUCCAUUCCUAUUUAUCUCUCUCUCUUUCAUAGUGUUCAAUCUGCCAUUCACUCUCUCAUUGUUCGUUGUACUAUAUAUACAUAUUGCACAACACAUAUAAUCAUAUAAUCAUAUAAUAAAUCUUCUCUAAUUUAGUCCUUAAUUUUUAUACGACUAAAUAUAGUUCAAUAACAAUGGAUGAGUCUAAAAAAAUCGAUGAUUAUCUGUGUCAACCGUUAUCCGAAUGUGAUCCGGAAAUGUUUGAAUUAAUUAAAAAGGAAAAACAAAGACAACUACGGGGAUUAGAAAUGAUUGCAUCAGAAAAUUUUACAUCACGUGCCGUCCUGGAAACAUUGGGCUCAUGUUUAACAAAUAAAUAUUCCGAAGGAUACCCUGGUGUAAGAUACUACGGAGGAAAUGAAUUUAUUGAUCAAAUUGAACUAUUAACACAGAAACGUGCACUCGAAGCAUUUGAUUUAAAUUCUGAACAAUGGGGAGUCAACGUACAAUCACUGAGUGGAUGUCCGGCAAAUUUUGCAGUGUAUACUGCACUAAUUGAACCACAUGGUCGAUUAAUGGGACUAGAUUUGCCAGAUGGUGGUCAUCUAAGUCAUGGUUAUCAAACAACAACAAAGAAAAUCUCGAGUACAUCAGCCUUUUUUGAAACAAUGCCGUAUAAAGUAGAUCCAACAACCGGUCUAAUUGAUUAUGAACAGCUAGCACAAACAGCCAAAUUAUUUCGACCUAAACUAAUUGUUGCUGGUAUUUCAUGCUAUUCACGCAAUCUCGAUUAUGAAAAAUUUCGCAAUAUAUGUAAUGAAGUUGGAGCGAUUUUAAUGGCUGAUAUUGCACAUGUUAGUGGUUUAGUUGCUGCCAAAGUUGUUAAUGAUCCAUUUCCAUAUUGUGAUAUUGUUACAACCACCACGCAUAAAAGCCUUCGUGGUCCUCGAGCAGCAAUGAUAUUUUAUCGAAAAGGGCCUAAACAGAAUGAAAAAGGUGAAAAUAUCAUGUACGAUUAUGAAAAAAAAAUUAAUGAAGCAAUAUUUCCUGGUUUACAAGGUGGCCCGCACAACAAUGCCAUUGCUGCAAUUGGUGUUGCAUUGAAACAAGUGAAAACAGAUGAAUUUAAAUUAUAUGCUCAACAAGUUAUAAAAAAUGCCAAACAACUUGUGAAAACGUUGACUGAAAAAGGAUAUACAUUUGUUACUGGUGGUACAGAUACACAUUUAGCAUUGCUCGAUUUACGUCCAAUUGGUUUAGAUGGUGCUAAAGUUGAAAAAGUUCUUGAAAAUGUUGCCAUUGCUGUAAACAAAAAUACUUGUCCAGGGGAUAAAAGUGCAUUGAAACCAAGUGGUAUACGUCUAGGAACACCAGCAUUAACAUCACGAGGUUUCAGAGAAAAUGAUAUUAUUCAGGUAGCAGAUUACAUUGAUAAAGCCAUACAAAUCACGUUAGAAAUAAAUAAAUUAAAACCACAGCAAACAAUAAAAGAUUUCAAACAAAAUAUGAAUUUGCAGCAGUAUGCAUCGAUGAUUGCAACAUUGAAAAAUGCUGUUGAAGAAUUUGCCUCACAUUAUCCAAUGCCUGGUUAUGAGCAAACUUAA